AUGAGUCUUCGCCCUACACUGGUGGCAGCACCGGUAGACAUACCUCCCUUCGGAGAAGAUAUGAAUUUCGAAGAUUGGCUCCUGACUGCCAAAUUCAACCUCCCUCUCUACCCUCAUUGUCAAAGAAUACCUCUUAUUCUCCGCGCCCUUCCCCAUGCUUUAUUUGUGGCCGCUGUCGGAGUUGGCAUCACCCACGACACCGACGUCGACCAGUGCUGGGAUACAUUGGCUCAACUCGUCAUGGAUUGUGAAGAGCGUUUCCAAAAAGCUGAUAAAGCCGACAAAGAAGUCCGACCUUCCGCUUUGGCUGAGAAGCUCUGCGAAGCAAAGACUAAUUCGCUCGACCAAUUGGUCAAGCUAGCAACCAAGAAGCGGCAGGAACUCCGGGUUCUCCCAAUUUUCCGAAAGCCUCAAAACUUGUCAAUUUCAACAUCCUUGCAUCGCGCUUCUCCGCGCUAUACCCCUAGACCGGCCACCGGGGCUAGCACAGAUACUUCGCUACCGAAAGAUGACGCAGAUGAUAUCUGCAAUGCCCUUUUUGAAGUUGCAGCCAUUUCCAUGAAAAAUCUGGAUGAUCUUUGUGCGCAACUGACUCACAUUUUUAACUACGAGAGAAAAGAACUCCGUCAGCUCCUACUUAAGCAUGUGAACAUCUUUUCAUGGCAAGGUGCAAGACUGGGACGAACAAAUAUCGUCAAGCAUAAGAUUGGUACUGGUGAAGCUAGGCCCAUCUGGCAACCGCCCAGACGUAUUCCACCUCCUUUGCUGGAAGAAAUAAACCGUCCGGUUGAAGAGAUGCUCCGAGAUGAGGUCAUAAAGCCAUCUAAGUCACCAUGGGCCUCUUCUAUCGCGCUGGUAAAGAAGAAUGACGGCAAUCUGCGGUUAUGCAUCGACUAUAGGAAGUUGAAUGCUGUAACCAAGAAGGAUGCUUUCCCCUUCCCCACAUAA